GAACGCAGCCCAGACAUGAGACAACGCGAUGCUGCAGCCGUGAUUUCCGUGGAUCCGCGGAGAGAGACGUCUCGCGCAAAAAAUAACUUAAAGGCAAAGGUCGCGAGCCGCGGGUCUUCAAAAGCGAGUCCUGCGGGCGCGGAACGCCAGAUGGCACCCGCAUUUGGCGCCCUUUUCAAUGUCGAAGGGCACGAGAGAGCACCGCGAGCACCCCGCGUCACGGCACUUGGCAAUCUUGGAUGACAUCAUGUUUCACAUGGGUGUUUGAUUGAUUUGUUAUUUAUAUUAUUAGCCUACGGAGCCUAUGAGGUCUUUCCCUUCCCCCCGUUGCGAUCUCGCGAUCGCGCCCUGUCGAAAAUACCGGCUGGUCGCGCGAAAGGUAGUGGAUUCACUGUACUGGUGAAUCACCGUUGACGUUUCAGAUCGAGUUUAAACUAGCAACAGCUGAGCGGCCUGUCGGAUCUCUGCGCUUCGCUUUUCGUCGCCAAUUCUCACAAUGGCUAAUCACGACGAGGACAAGAGCGAGGGCUCCGUCGAGAUAGGAGGUGAAAACGAGGGGGAGGAGUCCGAGGAACCUGACAAGAUACUGAUUAUAGAUCCCGAUAGCGAAGAAUUAGACUUCAAUCACUCGAAGCUCACCAAACUGGAAAAUUUGGAGCCGCUGACGCAAAUACGAAGAUUAUGCUUCACGUGGAACCUGAUUAAGAAGAUAGAAAAUCUCGAUACGCUUACUAGUUUGGUAGAACUGGAGUUAAGAGAUAAUCAAAUUAUGACUAUAGAAAAUCUAGACGCUCUCGUGAAUCUAAAAUUCUUGGACCUGUCAUUCAAUCGUAUUAAGAAGAUAGAGGGGUUGGACAGUUUACUGAAUCUACAAAGAUUAUUUAUAUCGUCGAAUAAAAUUUUGAAAAUCGAAAACAUCUCGCAUCUGGCGAAUCUUACGACGCUGGAAUUAGGCGACAACAAGAUACGCGAAAUUGAGAAUCUGGAGGGUCUCGAGAAGCUGAACUAUUUGUAUCUCGGUAAAAAUAAAAUUACCAAAAUCGAAAACCUGGAGAGCCUGAAAGAUCUCACGCUGUUAAGUCUACAAAGUAAUCGGAUCACGAAGAUUGAGAAUAUUGAAGAAUUAAAGAAACUGAAUGAAUUGUAUUUAUCUGAAAAUGGUAUUAUGUGCAUAGAAGGCAUAGGGAAUUGUCCAGAGCUAACGACGUUGGAUUUAGCUAACAACAAAAUUAAAAAGAUUCAAAAUAUGGAUCAUCUUGAAAAUCUCGAAGAAUUCUGGAUGAACAAUAAUGAAAUUGAAGACUGGAGCACGUUGGAGAGUUUAAAGGCUAACAAAAAGCUGCAAACCGUGUAUCUGGAGAAUAAUCCCAUUGCGAAGGAUCCAAAUUACAGAAGAAAAAUCAUGCUGUUGCUGCCGUGGCUCGAACAGCUGGAUGCGACUCUUUGUAAGAGGAAAACUGGCCAACAAUGGAAAGAAUAACAAUAAGUAAAAUAAAAAUAGGUAGUACGACUAAAGAAAUUAGCGUAAAUUGUUUAUGGAGGAUCUAAUCCGGACAUUGCACUGUUGUUACUUUCUUUCGUUGUACCCGAUACGAUCGUUGUGUAGAGGCUUGGCCACAUAAGAUUAAUAAUAGUGUACCGAAGACACACUUGAUACUAGGAUAUCAUGAAACUACUACUCGAUGUUGAAGUCCGUUUAGUAAUUACUUUUUUUUGUGCCGAAAAGGAAAUACGAGAGAUAGUCAAUCCUUUUGUCAUGAUAAACAGAAACACAACUUUCUAAUUUCGAACAAAUCUUAAUAUAUUCUUCUUCCUACUCUAAUCGUAUAUACUAUCGUAUUAUACUGCACAUUUAUGUAAAAAUCUAUAUAUCUGCACGUAUCUUUCUCUAUCAAUUGUUAUCUCUAUCAAUAUUUUAAGAAGCUAAUACAUAGAGAUUUUGAAUAUUCCAAUUAUUUCUAAGAUAUAUUUCCAUAAAAGAAACUUCUUUACAGUUAUUUUUAACGAUCAACGUUUUAUUACAAAAAUAAGAUGUACAUCUAUAUUUUAUAGCAGCGCAAGGCAGCUUUUUGUAAUCGCCACUUUGUUGACCCGUCCUGAUAACGAUUAUUGUUACAAUGUAAUCAUAUACAAAGUAUUCUAAGCUUACAUAAAUAAAUCAUUAAAUGUCCCGAUCUC